UAAAAUAUGUCCCAAUUAUAAAUUCAAAUAUGUCCUAUAUUUAAAUGCGAAUUUAAAUAUUUGCCCAUCAUUCUCUAUGGUUGUUAACAAUUUGCGCGUAGUAAAGAAUGCCUCGAACAAUAACGAGAGAACGAAAUGAACGAGGACUUUCUACUUUUCUGGAUUCCAUUCGUUCCCUCUUAAUCAGUGUUCAGAAUUUAGAAGAUACCUAUUGUUCGACUGAAGUUAUUGAAAACCUGCUUUUACACCUAAAGGAGAGUGCAUCAACUCUUGUUCUAAUUUCCACACAUGCUGGAUUAAACGCUCAUGACGCUGUUCUCAAUAGUUUCAAGAAUGAUAUUGAUGCAGUGUUGGCUAAAAUAAGAUCAUUGUGUCGAAUGUUAACAAAUUACGUGGAUGAUUCACAAGAAGGUCAACUUCACUUUAGCUACACAGCACCCUUAUCAGUGGCAAAAGGUCCUGGUCGCCCAGCUGUUGUAGUAAAGUGUGAGCAAAUUCUAUUUUUGAGAGAACUGCAUUUUUCCUGGGCAAAAAUAGCUAGUUUGCUUGGUGUGAGUGUGUCUACUCUUAAUCGCAAGCGAAACGAAUUAAAUAUACCGGAUGAAGAUGACUCUUGGACGACCAUAUCAGAUGAGCGACUGGAAAGAGAAGUGGAAGAAAUAAGAAGUCUAACUCCUAAUAUUGGUCAGAGAAGAUUAUUGGGCGCAUUAAGGGCAAGAGGAAUAAAGAUUCAAAGGAACCGCGUUCGCGAAUGCUUACGAAGAGUAGAUCCCCUUGGAACGUCUUUACGUUGGAGUGGAAUCAUAUAUAGACGCAAAUAUUCAGUACCAACACCAAACUCACUCUGGCACAUAGAUGGCAACCAUAAGCUUAUCCGUUACAGAUUGGUUGUGCACUGUUGCAUCGACGGUUAUUCCAGGCUAUUAAUUUAUGCACAUUGUGCUACGGACAACAAGGCUCAAACCGUCCUUGAACAAUUUAUGCACGGAGUGUCCACUUUUGGUUUACCAUCAAGAGUACGCAGCGAUCAUGGGCUGGAAAAUAUCGAAGUCGCUCGAUACAUGUUAAGAAAUCGUGGCGUAGCCCGUGGAAGCAUAAUAACGGGAAGUUCUGUCCACAAUUGCCGCGUCGAAAGGAUACAUAGGGACGUAUAUGCAGGUGUUUUAACUUUCUAUGCUAAACAUUUCAACGAUCUAGAAGAAAUGGGAAUUCUGGAUCCAAUGAAUGAGGUAAACCUGUUUGCUUUACACCACGUCUAUCUACCACGAAUAAGGCGGUCUUUAAUGGAAUUUAUACAACAAUGGAACAAUCAUUCUGUUUCUACCGAGAGAAACCUCACGCCAUUGCAGCUUUAUACAGCUGGCAUGCUCAACAAUAUGUAUUCCGGCCAUACAGCAACCGAAGAGAUGUUUCGUCCUGAGGAACUAGUGUUUUAUGGGAUUGAUGGAGAUGGUGCGGUACCUCUCGAAGACGAAGAUUACCAAGUGGCUGUUCCUGCACUUAAUGUGACACUGACAGCAUUUCAGAUUGAACAGUUGCACUUGGAGUGUCCUCCUCUUCAAGAAGACAGAAAUGGUGGAACUUCUAAUUAUCUAAGAUCUUUAAAUCUACUACAAACAUUUCUGGGCAGUACCAAUUGAACGUAUUUAUUGCAGGGGCGCC